CACAAGCCUUCGCUGGUUUGUGACAGAAGUCCCACUCCUCUGUUCUUCAAUCCACAGUUUGGCACAAUGACUUCUCUGCAGGCUGCUUUACUCUUGGGAAUUAUUUCUCUUUCAUUCGCUGCUGAGCCAAAGAUCAAGUGGUGUACAGUUUCUCCACAAGAGACAAGGAAAUGCCAGGAUUUGAAAACCCAAAUGACAACCAAAGGCUUCAGCAACUUCCAGUGUGUGCAGAAGGAUAAUCCUGAAGCCUGUUUGAAUGCUAUCAAGAAUCGAGAAGCAGAUGCUAUAACUGUGGAUGCUGGAGAUAUAUACAAGGGAGGUCUCUUGCCUGAACCACGCCUGAAACCAAUUGCAGCUGAGAAUGUCACAGGCGAGUCCUGCUACUAUGCUGUAGCAGUGGUAAAGAAAGGCACUAACAUUAAUUUCAAUACGUUGAGGGGCAAGAAGUCCUGCCACACUGGUUUGGGUAAAUCUGCUGGUUGGAAUAUCCCAAUUGGAACCAUUCUGAGAAAUUUCGGAGAAAACUGGAAUACUGAGGAUCCUGUUGAAAAAUUUGUGGCACGAUUCUUUUCCAGCAGCUGUGUUCCAGGUGCUCCUAAAUCUUUCCCUAAUCUUUGUAAACUGUGCAAUGGAACAGGAACGAAUUUCUGCCAGCGAUCACACAAUGAACCCUUUUAUGAUUAUUCAGGAGCAUUUCUAUGCUUGAAGAAAGGUUUUGGAGAUGUGGCCUUUGUGAAACAUACCACAGUGCCAGCUGCUGAGAAGGCAAACUAUGAGCUCCUGUGCUUAGAUGGUACCAGAAAAGCAGUCGAUAAAUACAAAGAAUGUAACUGGGCUAAAGUGCCAGCUCAUGCAGUGGUCGUAAGAAGUGGAACUGUUGAAGAUGAGAAAAAUAAUGAGAUCUGGAGAUUCCUCUCGACAGCUCAGAAAAGAUUUGGGCCACAAAGUCGGGGAGAAUUUAAACUUUUCAGUUCAUCAAAGUAUGGACGUAAGGACUUGCUGUUUAAAGACGCGACAGAAGAACUGAUUCACCUUCCCAAAGCAACUGAUUACCUUCUGUACCUCGGCACCAAAUAUGUAAAUGCUCUGAAAACCAUUACCAAAGAGUCCAGUAGCUUGAGUACGAAGAUACGUUGGUGUACAACUGGGGACCUUGAAAAGAAUAAGUGUGACAUGUGGACAGCAGUAAACUGUGUCUCAGGCAACGACGCUGAGGACUGCAUCAAACAGAUUAUGUCUGGUGUUGCUGAUGCAAUAAGUCUUGAUGGUGGGCAAGUGUACGUUGGAGGAAAAUGUGGCCUCGUCCCAGUCAUGGCAGAGUAUUAUGACAAAAAAAAUCGUGGCCCGUGCACAUCAGCAUCAAGUACAAAAAUACCCUCUUACUAUGCCUUGGCGGUUGUAAAGGAUUCUAGCCUGAACUGGAUGACGCUGAAAGGGAAGAAGUCCUGUCACACAGCUGUUGGGCGAACUGCUGGCUGGAACGUUCCCAUGGGAUUCUUGAUUAACAGAAAUAUAAUCAAAGCUUGUGAUGUUUAUAAUUCAACCUAUUUCGGUUCAAGCUGUGCUCCUGGGGCAGAUAAGACUACUUACCCCAACCUGUGCUCCCUGUGUGUUGGUACUGGAAAGGCCCUGGAUGCAGAAAGCAAAUGUGUGGCUAACAACAACGAACGAUACUUCAGCUACAGUGGAGCCUUCAGGUGCUUGACAGAAGUAGGUGACAUUGCUUUCAUCAAACAUACCACCGUACCUGAGAACACUGAUGGGAACGGACAACUCGAUUGGAAUCAGAAUCUGCAAUCUCGGAACUAUCAUCUCCUGUGCAAGGAUGGCGCAAUAGCACCUGUCACUGAUUACUUGACCUGUAACCUGGCUGAAGUGCCAGCACAUGCUGUUAUGACACGACCAGGCAUGGAAAAUAAAGUUGUCAGUCUGCUGAAAGCUGAACAGGUGAAAUACAUCAAUGAUGGACCCUCAAAAAACAAUUUCAACCUGUUCAGCUCGGAUUUAUUUUCGGGAAAGGACCUUCUUUUCAAGGACUCUACUCAGUGCCUCAUUGAAGUCCCCAAAAAAGACUACAAGAGCUUCCUGGGUAGUGAUUAUAUUGCCUCAUUGAAAGGGCUCCAUGCCUGCAAAAGUCCUGAGUUAUUGGAAGCUUGUUCCUUUGUCAGUUGCUAAACCCAACUGUGGUGUCUGGAUAAAGGUUCAUUCACGAGGUGAUCUUCCAUUCUCUCCAUCCAAUAUGAAUCUGACUGCAAUAAUAUCCAUACUUUGCCUGCCUGAAUUCUUUUGCAUUGAUCAGUUUACAAAAGAUACCUCACUGCAGUGGAAACAGAGGAGUUGGGACUUGAUUGUACUUAUAUAACACAAUAAAUUUUUCAUUACUGA